AAAAAGGCAAAGAUUGGAAAGAUGUUUUAAAGAGUCUCUGUGUCGGAGACACUUCAAGCCACUGAAGAUGGAGAAUGAAACAGUCAGUGAACUGAACCAGACCGAGCUUCAGCCCCAAGCAGCAGUGGCCCUCGAGUACCAGGUGGUCACCAUUCUACUUGUGCUUAUUAUCUGUGGACUGGGCAUUGUGGGCAACAUCAUGGUAGUCCUGGUGGUCAUGCGAACCAAGCACAUGAGAACCCCUACAAACUGCUACCUGGUGAGUCUGGCUGUGGCAGAUCUCAUGGUCCUGGUAGCUGCAGGCCUCCCCAACAUAACUGACAGCAUCUACGGCUCCUGGGUCUAUGGCUAUGUGGGAUGUCUCUGCAUUACUUAUCUCCAGUACUUAGGAAUUAAUGCAUCCUCGUGCUCAAUAACAGCCUUUACCAUUGAAAGGUACAUAGCAAUCUGUCAUCCCAUCAAAGCCCAGUUUCUCUGCACAUUUUCCAGGGCCAAAAAAAUCAUUAUCUUUGUCUGGGCCUUCACUUCCAUUUACUGUAUGCUCUGGUUCUUCCUGCUGGAUCUCAAUAUUAGCACCUACAAAGAUGCUAUUGUGGUAUCCUGUGGCUACAAGAUCUCCAGGAACUACUACUCACCUAUUUACCUAAUGGACUUUGGUAUCUUUUAUGUUGUGCCAAUGAUCCUGGCCACUGUGCUUUAUGGAUUUAUAGCCAGAAUCCUCUUCUUAAACCCCAUUCCUUCAGACCCUAAAGAAAACUCUAAGAUGUGGAAAAAUGACUCAACCCACCAGAACAAGAAUAUGAAUUUAAAUGCCACAAACAGAUGUUUCAACAGCACCGUAUCUUCCAGGAAGCAGGUCACCAAGAUGCUGGCUGUGGUUGUAAUUCUGUUUGCUCUUUUAUGGAUGCCCUACAGGACUCUUGUGGUUGUCAACUCGUUUCUCCCCAGCCCUUUCCAGGAAAAUUGGUUCUUGCUCUUUUGCAGAAUUUGCAUUUAUCUCAACAGUGCCAUCAACCCAGUGAUUUAUAACCUCAUGUCUCAGAAAUUCCGCGCAGCCUUCAGAAAGCUCUGCAAUUGCAAGCAGAAGCCCACAGAGAAACCUGCCAACUACAGUAUGGCCCUAAAUUACAGUGUCAUCAAGGAGUCAGACCGGUUUCAGCACAGAGCUGGAUGACAUCACCGUCACUGACACUUAUGUGUCAACCACAAAAGUGUCAUUUGAUGACACCUGCUUGGCU